AUGACCGUAGAGACCAACCAAUUUACAUAUCUACAGGGUAGCACAUUCGAUAAGAAAAUGACGACAUUAUCGUUGAAGCAAACUGCAUAUGAAUUCGUCGAAGGCAUGACAGGUGACUACCACUACUUAAAGAACCUUGAUGCUUCAGAUUCAAAUCUACGAUACCUUAAAGAUUAUAGUUUUCCAACCUUGCAAGAGUUGAAUCUUUCCAAUUUAUCCUACCUGAAGAAACUUGUGUCUGAUGGAGAUCAAUUGAGCGGGUUGGAAAAGUUAACUGCUGAUGGGUCCAAUAUCGAACUUAUCGAUAUUAAGGGAGAUGUCCUGGCAAGUAUCUCCUGUUCGAACACAAAAGAGCUAAAAGCAAUCAAAGGUGAACUGCCGGCGAUUAACUAUAUCUAUGCAGACAACUCCAGCUUGGAAUCGGUAUCCUUAUUGCCAUAUGAAGACGAAAAAUUUCAGUUCAAGAGAAUGUUCUUUCUAUAUUUGGUCAACUGUCCCAAUCUCAUAUCCUUUCAAAGAGGGCAGUAUCCCAAGCUUCGGACUGUCGAUUUAAGUAAUUCCACGAUACAAGUUCUUCAUUCAUCUCUUAUAAAGCAUCUUGGUGCUUUAUACUUGGGCAACGCAACUAUUAAAGAGUUUGUAAUUGACGACAACGACAAUGAAGAUGAGCUCACCCUUCGGCAACUAAAAACUUUGAAUUUAUCAAAUUCCAGGAUCCCAACAAAUAUGACAGAUUUUCUUUUAAGACAUAUUUUUAGAAAGAAGAGCAAUCCCUGGGAUAAAGAAUGGUCGUCAUUGAUUUGGCAAUCAGUCAAUACAGAUCAAGAGGUGCAAGAGGUCCAGAGUUUUAUUAAGAGAAUUCCACAGCUCAAAAAACUGGAUAUAUCCAAUUCAUCAAAAGCAAACUCAUUGCUGUCCAAUCUAGUGUCUGACAUUCCAGAGUUUUGGAACAGCUUAGAAGAUUUGGAUGUCUUCAAUUCCAACACUGAGGGUUUUAACUUUUCAAACAGCAAAUCAUUGAUUCACCUGGGUUGCAGCGAUCCCGAUGCAACUGUUUUGAAAGUUGACGACAUGCCCGCCUUGAAGGCGCUGGAUGUCUUGGGACCCUCUAACAUUGAAACUGUAAAGUUAUCCAACUGCAUUAGACUCGAAAAGGUUGACUUCACUGGCUGCUACGCUUUGAAACGCUUUGAGUCAGACUCUUUGAGUCUUCUGCAAUUGAAGUUUUCAAAUAACUCAUUGGAAACAUGGUCCCUUAAUGACUCCUCUAUCAGAAGCAUCACGUUAGAGAACAAUACAGGUUUCAGAAGGCUAGAAGGAAAUUUCCCGAAUUUGGAAACGUUAGAUAUCAGUAAUAGCGCUGUUGAAGUUAUCAAUAUUCAUGAUGGUAGCAAAUUGAAGAAGCUCAGCAUUUUGAGAACUCGAAGUGUUGAAGAGAUUCAAAUUGAUAAUCUUUCAACACUACAAGAAUUGCGCUAUGACACCAAAGACGAAAAGAAUACGAAAGCAGUAAAGGAGUUUGCAGAUAAGAUUUUAUCAAAGAGGGAACCAAGUUUUACAGCCAAGGUACUCCAAAGAGUCCGCUUUGAACACAGGGGCUUAUUCACAGGUGGGUUCAGGUUUUUUGAUAGAAGAACUGAGGAACUGGUUUGCUGCUUUAAAGAUAUCAACAUUUCCGAAAAUAAGAUCAAUGCAAAAUGUGGCAUCUGUGAGGAAAACUACGAGGAAGGUCAGAAAUGUCAGAUUCUCUAUUGCAAGCAUGCUUUUCAUACUGAUUGCGUAGAACAGAUGCUACAAAUGGGUAACGAUAGGUGCAGGCAUUGCAACGAUGAAAUUGACAUUGCCUCAGUAGGUCUAAGUAGCGAUCCAUUGCCCUUUAGAUGGUUGUAA